CCAGGAGCGCAGCCGCCGCCGCCGCCGCUGCUGCCGCCGCCGCCGCCGCCGCCGCGUCCUCUCCCAGCCUUGCGCUCCGCCCGCUGUCUCUGCCGCCGCAGCCCGGCCCAGGAGCGCAGAGCCCGGGGCACUGGCCCCGCAGCCUAUCCGCCCUCCGCGCCGCGUGCCGGCUGCGACCGACAUGGGGGGCCACUAAAAGCGAGCACUCUUUCCGUCUGGCACCUCCCCGGGCCACUGGCCACUGGACCCCGGCCAGCGAGCCUCGGGCACCUCUGGCCCCCAGUCCGGCGCCUGGCACAGCCCUCCGCUCUGCCCCUCCGGCUCUGAGCAUCGUGUCCCCGCCCCCCCCGCCCGCGCCUGGGACACCUGGGUCCCCCGGCGGCCCCGAGGAGAGGGGCGGGGGGGGGGCAUGAAGCCGUUGGAGAAAUUUUUGAAGAAGCAGACGUCGCAGCUGGCGGGGCGAACGGUGGCGGGAGGUCCCGGCGGGGGUCCGGGAAGCUGCGGCGGCCCUGGCGGGGGCGGGGGACCUGGCGGGGGCGGCGGUCCAACCGGGGGACUGCGGCCGCUGCAGCGGCGUCAGAGCGUGUCUCGCCUGCUGCUCCCCGCUUUCCUCCGAGAGCCCCCAGCCGAGCCGGGGCUGGAGCCGCCCCCUGAAGAGGAAGGGGGAGAGCCGGCGGGGGUCGCGGAGGAGCUUGGCAGCGGGGGACCCUGUUGGCUACAGCUCGAGGAGGUGCCGGGGCCCGGGCCGCUCGGGGGAGGGGGGCCCCUACGCUCCCCUUCCUCGUACUCCUCUGACGAGCUGUCCCCGGGUGAGCCCCUGACUUCCCCGCCCUGGGCCCCCCUGGGCGCCCCCGAGCGGCCGGAGCAUCUUCUGAACCGGGUGCUGGAGCGGCUCGCCGGAGGGGCCACCAGGGACAGCGCCGCCUCAGAUAUCCUGCUGGAUGACAUCGUCCUCACCCAUUCUCUCUUCCUCCCCACGGAGAAAUUUCUGCAGGAGCUACACCAGUAUUUUGUUUGGGCAGGAGGCAUGGAGGGCCCCGAGGGGCUGGGCCGGAAGCAGGCUUGUCUAGCCAUGCUCCUUCAUUUCCUGGACACAUACCAGGGGCUGCUGCAGGAGGAAGAGGGGGCCGGCCGCAUCAUCAAGGAUCUGUACCUGCUGAUUAUGAAGGAUGAGUCCCUUUACCAGGACCUCCGAGAGGACACAUUGAGGCUGCACCAGCUUGUGGAAACAGUGGAGCUAAAGAUCCCAGAGGAAAGCCAGCCACCCAGUAAGCAAGUGAAGCCACUCUUCCGUCACUUCCGCCGGAUUGACUCCUGCCUGCAGACCCGAGUGGCCUUCCGGGGCUCUGAUGAGAUCUUCUGCCGGGUCUACAUGCCUGACCACUCUUACGUGACCAUCCGCAGCCGCCUCUCGGCGUCUGUGCAGGACAUCCUGGGCUCUGUGACAGAGAAAUUGCAGUACUCAGAGGAGCCUGCUGGGCGUGAGGACUCCCUCAUCCUGGUGGCUGUGGCUUCCUCCGGAGAGAAGGUCCUUCUCCAGCCGACUGAAGACUGUGUCUUCACCACACUGGGCAUCAACAGCCACCUGUUCGCCUGCACGCGGGACAGCUAUGAGGCCCUGAUGCCCCUCCCAGAGGAGAUCCAGGUCUCCCCUGGAGACACAGAGAUCCACCGAGUGGAGCCGGAGGACGUUGCCAACCACCUUACUGCCUUCCACUGGGAGCUGUUCCGAUGUGUGCAUGAGCUGGAAUUCGUGGACUAUGUGUUCCAUGGGGAGCGCGGCCGCCGGGAGACGGCCAACCUGGAGCUGCUGCUGCAGCGUUGCAGCGAGGUCACGCACUGGGUGGCCACCGAGGUGCUGCUCUGCGAGGCCCCGGGCAAGCGCGCGCAGCUGCUCAAGAAGUUCCUCAAGAUCGCGGCCAUCUGCAAGCAGAACCAGGACCUGCUGUCCUUCUACGCCGUGGUCAUGGGACUGGACAACGCUGCGGUUAGCCGCCUGCGACUCACCUGGGAGAAGCUGCCAGGGAAAUUCAAGAACUUGUUCCGCAAAUUUGAGAACCUGACAGACCCCUGCAGGAACCACAAAAGCUACCGAGAAGUGAUCUCCAAGAUGAAACCUCCUGUGAUUCCCUUCGUGCCUCUGAUCCUCAAAGACCUGACUUUCCUGCACGAGGGGAGUAAGACCCUUGUUGAUGGUUUGGUGAACAUCGAGAAGCUGCAUUCAGUGGCUGAAAAAGUGAGGACAGUCCGCAAAUACCGGAGCCGGCCCCUCUGCCUGGAUAUGGAGGCAUCGCCCCAUCACCUGCAGACCAAGGCCUAUGUGCGCCAGUUCCAGGUCAUCGACAACCAGAACCUCCUCUUUGAGCUCUCCUACAAGCUAGAGGCCAAUAGUCAGUGAGAACAGAGGUUCCGGUGGGCGCCCCGCCGAGGUCCUCGGGCACCUGGCACUCAAGCACUUUGCACGAUGUCCCAACCCACCCCUGACACCUUUCCGCUGGGGCAACUUCUUGCCCCUCAGGGAAGAGUCAGAUGGACUUACCCCUGGACUCAGAAGCCUGUCCACCUUGCUGAAAUCCUCUCUCCCUUGCUCCUUCCAGCCCACACCCCACUUGGCUGGUUUCUUCCCUCGCAGGGAAGGGGGCAGAGAGCUCCUUCCCCUGUCCCCUCCCAUCGAGGUCCGGUCCAGAGAUGGAGCUUCCAACCUCCUCCCAAGCAGGCAGGAAAUCGGCCCACCCUCCUGUCUCACAGAGCAGAAUCAUGGGAGGGGUUGGCAACCUUCCUCUCCAGCCCGGUCUGCCCUCUCCCUGGUCAGAGCCGGGACCCCUGAUGUACCCCACUGGAAUAUCACAUCGCCCUUGUGUCUGUGUGCCUGUGUGCGCCUGUCCCCUUGAAGAAGCAGGAGUAUAUCCGGUAACUGCGGGAGGGUGUUUUGUAUGGAGAGGUCCUUCUGUUUGGUGCUGCCCUGGUGUACUGGGCCCUGCAAUGGUGUGGGGGUGCUCUCCCCACCCCCCCACUCCCUGCUCAGCUCCUUUGGGUGCCCUGCAUGCCCAAGCCUGUGGGCAAAGCCGUUCACAGGGCAGGGGGCAUCCCGUCAGCUCUUGUGGGUCCCCCACUCAGGCCUCCCCAGGGUCUCUGGGUGGGCUCCAAUGAGAGGGUAAGAGAUGCUCAGGGAAACACAGGCCUUGGCUGCCUACCGGACGCUUCCUCCGCAUUGCAGGGUGGGACAUGGCGCCAUCAGGAGCCGGGGGUUCUGCUGCCCACACUCCUGCUUUCGGGGAGUCUGCUGCUAAGAAGGGAGCUGUCAUCUCCCUUCUGGCUCUUCGGCGGGACACCAACCACAUGGUCUCUAUCCUUCUUCCUGUCUUGACUCCUGCUGGUCCUCCCCAUCAGAGCUGGGGUGAGGUAGACCCCUGUACCUGGGCUGGCAGCGCCCGGGAGUGAGAGCAGAGGGAAUGGCCAAGGCUGUCAAGGCAAAACCAGACUGUGUUGAUGCCUUUCGUACCUCUCUGUCCCCCCACCCUCUCCCACGGGGGCCUCCAGGGCAGAGGGGCCCAGCGCUCCUGGGAGCUACUGGGAGAGGUUUCCGGGCACAGCCUCCCCCCCCCACCCCCCCCCGCCUUUCUGACACCACCUCUUCCCCUUCUGAAGAGGCAGCGGCGGCAACAGCAAAAGCAGCUGCUGCUCCUGCUCUGAGGGUGUACAUAUUUUUUACCAAAAGCUCUGGAAUUGUAAAUUUAUUUUUUAAAACUCAAAGAGGGGAAGAGCCUUGUAUCAUAUGUAAACAUUGUAUCAUAGGUUAUGUUGUACAGUCCCUUUUAUACAGCUGUCUGUCUGGUUCCUGCCACAAAACAGUGUAUAUGGGCUCCCUACCCCCAGCCUCACAGACACAGGCACUGUGUCCCGCCUCCUCUAUCCGCCCCCCCACAGUGACCACAGCCCGCCCCCCGCCCUACUUCCUCCCUGCAGCUGUCCACGUGCCCUCCUCUCCCUGAGGCCACCUUUCCUCCUGAGCCUGCUUGGCAGCCUCCUCUUCUCAAGCGCUGGGGUCCACUGGUCCAGCCUCAUCUGCUGCCCGCCCCUAGCCUUGAUGCCUGCCCCACUGCUCUCCAGCUUUGCCAGCGUGAACCGUGUGGACCGCAAAUAGGCUCGGUUGUCUGCAGAAACUGCUGGGUGGAGAAAAAGCUGAUAAAGUCUAUGAAUCAA